ACUUAGUAUUGUUUUUGUUUUGAAUACGUCGUAGUUCGAGUUGAGAAUUCAAAGAAUCGCCUAAAAAUGAGUGACAACGCUGCAAAGGAAGAAUACAAUAUGGACCAUGACAACAAGCACUAUUCCCGCUGCAGCAGUGCUGGCAGCACCCACACACCGAACUCAUCAGCUCACAAUUCGGAUGACGAUGAUGAUAGUGGCGAUCGCCAUUCGACAUCAGCGGCCAACUCGACGCUUAGCUACAAGGAACGAAGACGUGAAGCUCACACACAGGCAGAGCAGAAACGAAGGGAUGCCAUUAAAAAGGGGUACGAUAGCUUGCAGGAGCUGGUGCCCCGCUGCCAACCAAGCGACUCCUCCGGUUACAAGCUGAGCAAAGCGCUGAUACUACAGAAAUCCAUUGAAUACAUUGGCUACCUGAAUCAGCAGAAAUUAAAACAGGAGGAUGAGAGUUCGGCGCUGCAAAAGGAGGUGACAGCUCUGCGUAUUAUACAGAAUGGUUAUGAAAAUAUGCUGCAACAUCAGCAAUCCAAUCCAGGUCCGGAGGAAGCUCGCGUCACCGAGGAGGCUAAAUUUCAAGUGUUCCAAGCCAUAUUGGAGGAAAUGUUUGACACAUUCCAGCACAUACCGAUGGACAAUUUUAAGCAACUGACAACUGGGGUGAUACCCUGGCUGGAAGAGCAUUGUAAGCCUCAUAUUUUGCGAAAUAUUCUGAGUCGGACAUUGCAACAAAUGGCCCAAGAGACCCAGGAGAAGCAACAACAGCAACAGGCCAUGGAACAGGAAACUGGAGGUGGUUUUAGUUGAUCUAGUUAAUUAAGUCAGUGUUAGUUUUCUUAUCAUUUUGUUUUCGUACAUAUACGCGUAUGUAUAUUUGUAUGUUUGCCUUUUGUUUAUUGAGUACAAAAUAUUGAAAAAAGCGUCAUUUAAAUUGUUAUAAAUAAGCCGAUUUUAAAAAAGAAAAUUUAUUCAUUAAUUAACUUCUCCCUCAUAUGGAAAAAAUAUAAAUAUUUGGAGAAGAAUCAAUACCAAAUUAUGUAAAUGUAAAA